UCAUGAAUUGGUGUAGUCACAACAUAUGAUAAGAAGUUUACACAGCUCAGAAUUACAGCUAUAURCAUUAGAUAAGCUGUAUAUUAACAAAUGCAUGGUUGGAGACCGAAAACGCUGAAGUCCUGGCAAAAAGAAACCGACCAUAGAGUCAAACUUGUCAUUAAAGUGUAGUGCAAAUUAGCACAUGUAAAACAAGUUAGAGAUAUAAUCUCCGACUUUCAUUGUUCAUUGAAGUAUAUAAUUUUGUAGCUAGAUAACUUUGCUUACUAGACUAUACUAGUAAAACAAAGAAUACGUAUCUUAAUAUUUGGAAAGAUCGUACUUUGAUUUAUAACUUCACAUUUAUGUAAAAUAUAUCUUUAAUUAGUCAUAGUUCCAGAGAGCAUUAGUUGAUAUAUUAUAUAUACCACUAUCCAGCUCUUUUAAGUUGUUAACACAUAUAAUCAUUACUUAUAAGUUUCCUCAUAUUGAGAUUUCUAUAGUAAGUGAUCUACUUGAUUGUUUAUUUUGUGCCAAUUUCAUAAUUAUAAUAAUUUUUGGUUUUGGUUUGGUUUUUGAAUAAUUUGUUAAAACUCAGUGUCUUCAUAUCAAAGUUAUUGUGAACUUGCUUUGUAUAUGAUAUUAUAUAAUAGUGUUUAACCAAAAACGUUUAUAGUAAGAUACAUUGUAAGAUACAUGUAACCGAUUUCAUUUAAAACUAUAUUUGUAGUUAUCGAUACACCUAGUAAUAUCACUCCACGUUGCAAUCACAGAAAUUUUAGCACAGUUUCAAAUAUAAUUUGAUAGCUUAGUAACUAUGCCAGGCUAUAUACUACUGGAUACUGACAAGGAGGAAAUACCAGACAAGUACCUAUGCAGCUUCUGUGGUUUUUUACUCCGAGAAGCACGGCAAACACUUUGUGGGCACUUUUAUUGCGAUUCAUGUGUUGCACAGCUUAAGGAUAAUUCGAGUAUGACRUGUCUUAAAGAUGGUUUGGAAUGCCCUAUUGACCAGAUAUAUCCUGAUAACUUUGUACGAAGGGAAAUCAUGGCUAUUGUGGUUAGAUGCCCCAACACUGAGGCRGGGUGUAAGUGGAGAGGRGAAGUUAGACAUUUAGAGAAACACGYCAGUGAAUGUGAAUACCAGAAAGUCAAGUGUAUCCAUGCAAGCUGUGAUGCUGAGAUACUAAAAAGAGAUCUAGAGAGCCAUCUUAACAAUGACUGUGAAUACAGAACUGCAAAGUGUCCUUACUGCCAGAAAGAAGUGUCUAUGGCUGACAUGCAGAAACAUCAAAGUAACGAGUGCCUCCAGUUUCCAAUAUCAUGCCCCAGUUGUAAAACAGAGGGAAUCCCACGUGACAUGAUGAAAUCUCAUCUAGACCCAAUCUGGGGAGACUGUCCAGAACUUGAGGGGCCGUGUCCUUACUCUACUCUGGGGUGUCAUGCCAAAGAGGUCAUGAGCAAAGAUCGMCGUGCUAAACACRUAAACAACGCCACAGCAUUGCAUCUUAGUCUCCUACAGAAAGACUACCUCGCUCUAAAGGAGCGUUUGGAAUUGUCUAAUGCAGCAAGUGCACAAGCCACCCCCUUGGUGCCAAGUGAGGGACUGAAAGACCAAAUGUUCAAGGAUUUAGUUAUAAAAUUUGAAGCUUUGGCRCUUGAGAAUGCAAACAUGAAGCAUCAAAUAUCAGAGCAAAGUAGGAUUUUGUUAGAAGUUCAACGUCGUCAAGCUACUGCUGCUGAUAUUGAACUGGAAGUUGCAUCCAACGCACCUUUGUUGAAGGAUAAAGACUCAAGCAAUGCCCUUAAGGACAUCAGACGAAGAUUGCAAAAUUUAGAAAGUCGGCGUGCACAAUUUGAAGUGGAGAACCUAAAAAGAACAAAUGAGCAAAUCGAGACUCUGGACGAAAUAAAACGACAACUUGAAGAAAUCUCCACAAAUCAACAAGUGAUAGAGACUAGACUACACUCACAGGUAGACAUCAGACGAAGAUUGCAAAAUUUAGAAAGUCGGCGUGCACAAUUUGAAGUGGAGAACCUAAAAAGAACAAAUGAGCAAAUCGAGACUCUGGACGAAAUAAAACGACAACUUGAAGAAAUCUCCACAAAUCAACAAGUGAUAGAGACUAGACUACACUCACAGGAAACUGCCCUUGGUAUGAACAGUGUGGCAAUGGCAGAUAUGGAAGAGAACCUGCGUGACUUAAACCUUGUCACAUAUGAUGGCAUCUUGCUAUGGAGAAUCACAGACUUUGCACGAAAGAGAACAGAUGCCGUCGCAGGACGUGAAACAUCCUUCUAUAGUCACCCUUUCUACAGCAAAAGACAGGGUUAUAAGAUGUGCGCGCGCAUCUAUCUCAAUGGUGAUGGCAUGGGAAGAGGAAAUUCCAUCUCAUUAUUUUUUGUGAUUAUGCGUGGCGAGUAUGAUGCACUCUUACGCUGGCCAUUCAGACAAAAGGUCACCCUGAUGUUGCUUGAUCAAGAUAACAUUGAACAUGUGAUUGACGCAUUCAGACCUGACCCAACAAGCUCAUCUUUUCAAAGGCCAAGGGCAAAGAUGAACGUGGCCAGUGGCUGCCCACUGUUUUGCCCUCUGACCGAACUUCCAAGGCAUGCUUAUGUGAGGGAAGAUACAAUGUUUAUUAAAGUUAUUGUAGAUACUCUUGAUAAUUUUUAAAGGCCGGCCAGUUUGCACCAUUUAUGCUUUGCGCGCAUCUGUUAUUAGUCGGACUAGCCGAAGGUCUAGUCUAAACAUCAGAAGUACGCACAUGUGYGGAUCGCAUGGAGCUUCGAGUAGUAUGCUUACGGAACUGAAUGCUUGACAGUCUUGUUUGGGCAAAGAUUUUAAAUUAGAACAAGAAGAAACUUUGUUUAUCAAUAACAAAAAAGG